AUGGCUGAGGUCGCUCAGGUCCCGACCUUCAAGCUCGUGCUUGUUGGCGAUGGUGGUACAGGCAAGACCACCUUCGUCAAGCGUCACUUGACCGGCGAGUUCGAGAAGAAGUACAUGGCCACUCUUGGUGUCGAGGUUCACCCUCUUGGCUUCACAACCAACUUUGGCCCAAUUCAGUUCGACGUGUGGGAUACAGCGGGUCAGGAGAAGUUUGGUGGUCUCCGUGAUGGCUACUACAUCAACGGCCAGUGCGGCAUCAUCAUGUUCGAUGUCACAUCCCGCAUCACCUACAAGAACGUCCCCAACUGGCACCGCGAUCUUACCCGUGUCUGUGAAAACAUUCCCAUUGUUCUCUGCGGCAACAAGGUCGAUGUCAAGGAGCGCAAGGUCAAGGCCAAGACCAUCACGUUUCACCGGAAAAAAAAUCUCCAGUAUUACGACAUUUCGGCCAAAUCGAAUUAUAACUUCGAGAAACCGUUCCUUUGGCUCGCCCGCAAGCUCGUCGGUAAUGCUGCUCUGGAAUUCGUUGCUGCGCCUGCCCUCGCUCCGGCCGAGGUAGCAGUCGACCAAGAGCUGCUUGCGAAGUACGAGGCCGAGAUCCAGGAAGCUGCCAAUGCCCCCCUUCCUGACGACGACGAGGACCUCUGA